GGAGCGGCGGCGGCCGGCAGUGGGACGGCGACGGCACCGCGGAGCUGCCGGCAUGAGCACUCCUCGCCACCUCGCGGCCCGGGCCUGGCCCUUCUGACGGAAGCUACACUUUGUGGUCCUUGAGUAUACUCCAUUUUGUACCUUUGAAUAUUCCCUCAGCAUAUCCAGCAUGAAAUAACAUUCUUAAUGAUUAUCCUCGACAGGACAGGUGUGAGAGGAUUGCUAUUGUAUUACAAUCAUGGUGCAAAAGUAUCAGUCACCAGUGAGGGUGUAUAAACACCCCUUUGAGUUGAUUAUGGCUGCCUAUGAAAGGAGGUUCCCUACAUGUCCUUUGAUUCCGAUGUUUGUGGACAGUGACACUGUGAAUGAAUUCAGGAGUGAGGAUGGGGCCAUCCAUGUCAUAGAGCGGCGCUGCAAACUGGACGUCGACGCGCCUAGACUGUUGAAAAAGAUUGCAGGAGUUGAUUAUGUUUACUUUGUCCAGAAAAACUCCCUGAAUUCUCGGGAACGCACUUUGCAUAUCGAGGCCCGUAAUGAGACGUUUUCUAAUCGGGUCAUCAUCAGUGAACACUGCUGCUACACCGUUCACCCUGAAAAUGAAGAUUGGACAUGUUUUGAACAGUCUGCAAGUUUAGAUAUUAAAUCUUUCUUUGGUUUUGAAAGUACAGUGGAAAAAAUUGCAAUGAAACAAUAUACCAGCAACAUUAAAAAAGGAAAAGAAAUAAUUGAAUACUAUCUCCGUCAGUUAGAAGAAGAAGGCAUAACUUUUGUGCCCCGUUGGACUCCACCGACCACUGUGCCCUCUUCAGAGGCAUCCUCAAAGGGCAAGAAGCAAGCGGCCGCGUUGGCUCUCAUCACCCCAGACGCUGCUGUGCAAGAAGGGCUGAGUGGGGAGGCGCUCGGCAGCCCCAGUGGGGCCCCUGAGCCUGCGGUGGGGCCCCCUGAUGACAAACUAGAUGCAGACUACAUCAAGAGAUACCUGGGUGACUUGACUCCACUACAGGAGAGCUGCCUGAUCCGGCUUCGCCAGUGGCUCCAGGAAACCCACAAGGGCAAAAUCCCAAAAGAUGAGCAUAUUCUUCGGUUCUUACGAGCCCGGGACUUCAAUAUUGACAAAGCCAGAGAGAUCAUGUGUCAGUCUUUGACUUGGCGAAAGCAGCACCAGGUAGACUACAUUCUUGAUACCUGGACUCCUCCCCAGGUCCUUCAGGACUACUACGCAGGAGGCUGGCACCAUCAUGACAAAGAUGGGCGGCCCCUCUAUGUGCUCAGGCUGGGGCAGAUGGACACCAAAGGCUUGGUGAGAGCCCUCGGCGAGGAAGCCCUGCUGAGAUACGUUCUCUCCAUAAAUGAAGAAGGGCUGAGACGAUGUGAAGAAAAUACAAAAGUCUUUGGUCGGCCUAUCAGUUCGUGGACCUGCCUGGUGGACCUGGAGGGCCUGAACAUGCGCCACCUGUGGAGGCCGGGGGUCAAAGCCCUGCUGCGUACCAUCGAGGUGGUGGAGGCCAACUACCCCGAGACGCUGGGCCGCCUUCUGAUUCUUCGUGCCCCCAGGGUAUUCCCCGUCCUCUGGACGCUGGUCAGUCCGUUCAUUGAUGACAACACCAGGAGGAAGUUCCUCAUUUAUGCAGGCAAUGACUACCAGGGUCCUGGAGGCCUGCUGGAUUACAUUGAUAAAGAGAUUAUUCCAGAUUUCCUGAGCGGAGAGUGCAUGUGUGAAGUGCCCGAGGGCGGACUGGUCCCCAAAUCUCUGUACAGGACUGCGGAGGAGCUGGAGAACGAAGACCUCAGGCUCUGGACUGAGACCAUCUACCAGUCUGCAAGCGUUUUCAAAGGAGCCCCGCAUGAGAUUCUCAUUCAGAUUGUGGAUGCCUCUUCCGUGAUCACUUGGGACUUUGACGUGUGCAAAGGAGACAUUGUCUUCAACAUCUAUCACUCCAAGAGGUCACCACAGCCACCCAAAAAGGACUCCCUGGGGGCACACAGCAUCACGUCCCCAGGAGGGAAUAAUGUGCAGCUAAUAGACAGGGUCUGGCAGCUGGGCCGCGACUACAGCUCGGUGGAAUCACCUCUGAUCUGCAGAGAAGGGGAGAGCGUGCAGGGCUCACACGUGACACGGUGGCCAGGCUUCUACAUCCUGCAGUGGAAAUUCCACAGUAUGCCAGCAUGUGCUGCCACCAACCUGCCCCGGGUGGAUGAUGUGCUGGCUUCCCUGCAGGUCUCUUCACACAAGUGUAAAGUGAUGUACUACACAGAGGUGAUCGGCUCUGAAGACUUCAGAGGUUCCAUGACCAGCCUGGAGUCCAGCCACAGCGGGUUCUCCCAGCUGAGCGCCGCCACCACCUCCUCUAGCCAGUCUCACUCCAGCUCCAUGAUUUCCAGAUGGCGAUUUUACUGACAGCCGCCAGGAAAAUGCUUCACUCAACAGCCCACAGCAGCCCAGGGAUGUUUGUAAAACUAUUUGAACUGCAGCCACCCCUACCCCCCAUUUGAAGAUGUAUUCUUUUAAAGUUGAUUGAGAAGUGGCACCGUUGUGUCCCCAAAGGGUUGAAUGCAUCUUUAAGAGUUCAAAGCACAUGCCUGCACAAACACGCACAGGGUUUACUCCUGAGAGCAGCUCCCCUCCUUGGGGGCCUGUGGUCUGUGUCAGGUCUCCACUCUCAGUGCCCCGCACUCUUUAAAGUGCUGCUGUCAUUUCUCCCCCCUCAGCAUUCGUAGCUCUUUUGCUUCCCUUUCUAUUACUAGUGUCUUAAUUCACUUUUCCUUCCUAAAUUCAUUAUUUACAUAUAAAACUCUGUAAAUGUUUUGUAAACAUAUUACCUCACUCUUGGUAAUACAAUACUGAUAGUCUUUAAAAGAUUUUUUUAUUGUUAUCAAUAAUAAAUGUGAACUGUUUAAAGAAAAGAA